UACUAUAGAGAGCUGUAGUGCAUAUGGAUGAAAGACGAGAAGAGCAAAUCGUGCAGCUGCUGAACUCUGUCCAAGCUAAGAGUGAUAAAGACCCUGAAGCUCAGAUUUCCUGGUUUGCUCCUGAGGAUCAUGGAUAUGGUGCUGAAGUUUCUGCUGAGAAAAAAACAAACUCAGAGAAGAAAGUUGACAAACAGGAAAAGAAAUUGAUGAGCCAAGAAAAAAAGAUACUUAGAAUUAGGGAUAAAUCCACCUUUGAACGAGAUUCUGAGUAUCUUUUGCAAGAAAAUGAACCAGAUGCAACCUUAGACCAAAAAUUACUGGAAGAUUUACAAAAGAAGAAAAGUGACGCUCGGUAUAUUGAGAUGCAGCGUUUCAGAGAAAAGCUGCCUUCCUAUGGAAUGCAGAAGGAGUUGGUGACUUUGAUUGAUAAGCAUCAGGUAACCGUGAUAAGUGGUGAAACUGGUUGUGGCAAAACCACCCAGGUCACUCAGUUCAUCUUGGACAGCUACAUUGAACGGGGCAUGGGCUCUGCGUGCAGGAUUGUCUGUACCCAACCACGGAGGAUCAGCGCCAUCUCUGUUGCAGAGCGAGUGGCUGCUGAGAGGGCAGAGUCCUGUGGCAAUGGUAAUAGCACUGGAUACCAGAUUCGUCUCCAGAGUCGGUUGCCGAGAAAGCAGGGUUCCAUCUUGUAUUGUACCACAGGAAUCAUCCUGCAGUGGCUCCAGUCAGACUCGCUUUUGUCCAGUGUUAGUCAUAUUGUACUUGAUGAAAUUCAUGAAAGAAAUCUGCAGUCAGACGUUUUAAUGACUGUUGUUAAAGACGUUCUUAAUUACCGCUCUGACCUAAAAGUCAUUUUGAUGAGUGCAACAUUGAAUGCUGAGAAGUUCUCAGAAUAUUUUGGAAACUGUCCAAUGAUACACAUUCCUGGUUUCACUUUCCCGGUUGUGGAAUACCUUCUGGAGGAUAUCAUUGAAAAAAUAAGAUAUGUGCCAGAACAGAAAGAGCACAGAUCCCAGUUUAAGAGGGGUUUCCUGCAAGGCCAUGUAAAUAGAAGAGAAAAAGAAGAAAAGGAAGCAAUCUAUAAGGAGCGCUGGCCAGACUAUAUACGAGAACUGAGAGGAAGGUAUUCUCCAAGUACCAUCAGUGCUUUGGAAAUGAUGGAUGAUGAUAAAGUUGAUCUGAAUUUGAUUGCUGCUCUGAUUCGACACAUUGUUUUGAAAGAAGAGGAUGGAGCGAUUCUAGUCUUCCUGCCUGGCUGGGACAACAUCAGCAGUCUACAUGAUCUCCUGAUGUCCCAGGUGAUGUUUAAGUCAGAUAAGUUUAUUAUUAUCCCUCUACAUUCACUAAUGCCAACGGUAAACCAGACACAGGUGUUUAAAAGAACUCCUCCUGGUGUUCGGAAAAUAGUAAUUGCUACCAAUAUUGCAGAGACUAGCAUCACCAUUGAUGACGUAGUGUAUGUGAUAGAUGGAGGAAAAAUUAAAGAAACACAUUUUGACACUCAGAACAACAUCAGCACGAUGGCUGCCGAAUGGGUCAGUAAAGCAAAUGCCAAACAGAGGAAAGGCCGCGCUGGCAGAGUCCAGCCUGGUCACUGCUAUCAUCUGUAUAAUGGCCUUAGAGCCAGUCUUCUAGAUGACUAUCAGCUGCCAGAGAUUCUAAGAACGCCUCUGGAAGAACUUUGUUUGCAAAUAAAGAUCUUAAGGCUUGGUGGAAUUGCUCAUUUUCUGAGUCGGUUAAUGGACCCUCCGUCCAGCGAGGCAGUGCUGCUCUCCGUAAAACACCUCAUGGAGCUGAAUGCUUUGGACAAACAGGAAGAAUUGACCCCUCUUGGUGUCCACUUGGCCCGAUUGCCAGUUGAGCCACACAUCGGGAAGAUGAUUCUCUUCGGAGCUCUUUUCUGUUGUUUAGACCCAGUGCUCACUAUUGCGGCUAGUCUCAGCUUCAAAGAUCCCUUUGUGAUUCCAUUGGGGAAAGAAAAGAUUGCAGAUGCCAGAAGAAAGGAACUGGCAAAGGAAACUAGAAGUGAUCACCUGACAGUUGUAAAUGCAUUUGAGGGCUGGGAAGAAGCUAGGCGGCGUGGGUUCAGAUACGAAAAGGAUUACUGCUGGGAAUAUUUCCUCUCUUCAAAUACACUGCAGAUGCUGCAUGACAUGAAAGGGCAGUUUGCUGAGCACCUGCUUGGAGCUGGGUUUGUAAGCAGCAGGAGCCCCAAAGACCCCAAAUCCAAUAUAAACUCAGAUAAUGAGAAGAUAAUCAAAGCUGUCAUCUGUGCUGGCUUAUAUCCCAAAGUUGCUAAAAUUCGACUAAAUCUGGGUAAAAAAAGAAAAAUGGUGAAAGUUCAUACCAAGUCUGAUGGUCUGGUUGCGAUUCACCCCAAAUCAGUGAACGUGGAGCAGACCGACUUCCGCUACAACUGGCUCAUGUACCACCUCAAGAUGAGGACGAGCAGUAUCUACUUGUAUGACUGCACCGAGGUCUCCCCAUACUGCCUCUUGUUCUUCGGUGGCGACAUCUCCAUCCAGAAGGACAACGACCAGGAAACCAUCGCUGUGGACGAAUGGAUUGUGUUCCAGUCCCCAGCCAGAAUUGCCAACCUCGUGAAGGAGUUAAGGAAGGAACUGGACAUGCUGCUGCAGGAGAAGAUCGAGAACCCUCACCCUGUGGACUGGAAGGACAAAGCAUCCAGAGACUGUGCCGUGCUCUCUGCUAUUCUGGACUUAAUCAAAACCCAGGAGAAGGCCGUUUCCCGGAGCCUGCCUCCCCGCCACCAGGACGGAUGGAGCAGCUGACAGCUUUGCAGCGCAUGGUCUCUUCCUCACACUUUAACUCAGCCCAGAGCCCUGGAACCUGCGCGUGGCCCUGGUAGGUCAGAACCUCGAGUAGGUAGUAAAAACGUAGUGUGCACGUGUCCUCCCCUUGCCCUCGUGAGUGCACAAACACAGUCCGUCAUACUCCUGGCUGGGCUUGUCCAUGGGGAGGGGGAGGGGGGGCAUCUCUGUGAGUGUUGUGCCCGAGAGGGCGUGUAUUCUCUUACAGGAAAUGAAUCUUCCACCCAUAAUGAUUAAGUGUAGAACUAGGAAAAGCAACGUGGUUAGCACAAAGCAGCAUCAAGAAUGUGAACACAACCACAUUUUUAAGAAUAAACUUCUUCUAGAAGUAAAUUUCUUGUAAUUAAAGCCCAGUAUUUAAUAAAAUAUGUAAAGCUCA